AUGGGAGGAUGGAAUAUGCCCAUGUGGUGCCAUUUGUUUAUCCAAACCUUCACGGGUGCUACUCGCGCUUGGUUCGACAGCCUCCCACCAGGAAAGAUCAAGUCAUGGGUUGAUUUUAGAAGACAGUUUGUGAAUCACUUCAGUCAACAAAGACGUUACCAGUGCGACACAGCUGAGGUAACGGAUAUUUGGCGCAAAGAGAACGAAGGUUUAGAAGAUUUCAUCACUCGCUUUAACAAAGAGUGUCUAGAAACUGGUGGCGUAAGCGAGCAACUCAUGCGCGAUCAUUUCAAGAAAGCCAUUCGCUGUGAUAGCCUUAUCAGGACUAUCACAGGAAAAGAUGGAAUGCCCAAGGAGUGGGAUAAACUCAUGGAAGCCGCAAAGAUAGUCGCGCAGACUGAAGAGUCACUGGCUGGCAAUAAAAACUCUUAUACUGAAGAUCGAUUCUCUAAGGGAAACUCGCGCGAUAAUAGCAGACGAAACAAAGGCAAAAACCCUGGGUGGAAAGCUAACCACUCCAGCAGUUACGAUGAACGACCUCGUUAUGAAGAACGAUCUCGCUAUAAGGAAGACGCGCGAGACACCAUCGAUCGCAUUGGGUACAGGAAGGCAGUCAGGAAUGAAAAUAGAGAAAAGCACUGGACUCCGCUCAUAAAGACACCUAAAGAGGUGCUCAUGACGGAGAACCAUGAUUUCAAGGCGCCAAGGCCUAUGACCAACAAAAAGGGACAAGACCCCAACUUGUAUUGUGACUUCCACAAGGAUACAGGUCAUCUGACUGACGACUGUAUCAGCCUAAGGCAAGAAAUCGAAAAAGCGUUGAAAAGUGGAAAGCUAGGUCAUCUAGUAAAGAACGUGCGGAAGGAGACACGUCAGAUUCAGCGCCACGGUGACGGAAGAGACAAAAAGGUCAGACGCUUGGAAACACAUAUGGUCAAUGGACCACGAUACAGCGCGAGAGAUAAAGGUAAGCGACCUUUUGAGCCAGCAUGGGAGGAGCAGCAGGUUAUCUUCCCGGUAGUGCGUGGGGGUCCACGCGCAACGCGCCCGGUUGUCAUUACUGGCAUCAUCGGCCAUUAUGAGACGGAGUACGUAUUCAUUAACCCAGGAAGUACAGCAGAUAUCAUCUACGAGCAAUGCUUUAAUCAGUUCGAUGAUGAAGAUAAAGCAAGACUUGAGCUAGUCGGUUAUCCUUUGUCAGGUCUUCCCGCUAGGCCAAAUCAGCUUCCCCCUCACGCUUUCUAA